AUGGUUCGCGCAUGCGAAUUCUGCCGCAGACGCAAGAUCCGAUGCGACGCUUCCAAGCCAGCCUGCUCCACAUGCCGGAAGAGCAAGAGGUUGUGUGUCCACCACAAUGGACCACCCAAGCAGCGCCCGUCCGCUGCGCUUAUCGACUCGCUGCAGAGCGAAAAGGCGGUGCUGGAAGAUACGCUGAACCGGCUGAAGAGCGCAGAUGAUGCCGAAAGGCGUGCUCUGCUGGACUCGAUGAUGGUGCGUGACGGCCGCAUAUUACUAUCAGACCGAAGCGACGUAUCAACAGCGCGAUCACCGCAGCGGCGGCCUGCCUAUCGCACGGAGCAUGGCAUGGAGCAGCAGCUGCAGGGCGGUCAUGCCGCAAUAAUGAGGGAGGAUGGCGGUGAUGCGACAAAUGGCGCGGAUACUGACCAUGGCGAGGACGGUGUUGAGCAUGAAACCGAUAAAGCGCUGUCUUUGACAACGGAAAGCCACGCAACCAGCGAUGGCAUCUUCAGCUCAACCUCCGUGGUCCAUGUCAGCCGCCCGAUAGCCAGUCCCGAGCAACCCGCAACAUCUACAGAGUCGCUACGGUACCAGCUGAUUGCCAACGCUGCAAUAGAGAGGCAGCGCGAGCACCAUCUGCGUCGGUUGACCUUCAUCAGGGGAAUACCGGCCGACCUGGCGCUUCAUCUCCUCGAUCUUCACUGGAGCAGGCAGCAUCACACCUUCCUUCUCACGUAUCGACCAGCCUUUAUGCGAGAACUCGAACAUGGGGGACCAUACUGCUCCGACCUCUUGUUGUACGCUGUCUUUGCGUGUGCGUCCAAAUUUUCCGAGCGGCCCGAGGUGCGCAGUAACCCGAUAGACCCGGAAACAGCGGGACGGCGAUUCUUCGACCGUUGCCACAAGCUCUUGCUAGGAGAGGGGUUGAUGACCCAAUCGAGCAUACCGACUGUCAUCGCGAUGGUCAUGCUCGGGUCGACGUUGAUUGCGAGAGGCCUGACAUCUCAGGGCUGGUUGUAUACCGGUUAUGCCAUGCGUAUGGUUUACGACCUCGGCCUGUAUUUUGAUUUGCAAGAGCCUAACAAGCAUAAUGUCGAGGAGAUUGAGAUCCGGCGGCGGGUUUUCUGGGGCGCGUUCGUCUGUGAGAAGCUGCAAAGCCUGUACCUUGGGCGGCCACCUACCAUCAGACUCCAGGAUGUACAUGUGUCGCAGGACUUUAUGGAUACGUUCGAGGAGCUGGAGCCGUGGGAGCCCUACAAUGAGCCGGGCACAGAUGCAACUACUAACAAUGUACCGUCUUCUACAGCGCCGUUGGCCUACUCGGUGACUACCUUCCAGCAGCUCUGUCUGCUUUCACAAAUUAUGACCCAGAUCAUUGACAAGAUCUAUUAUGUGGGAGCGACCGCUUCAAAGACAAUCCAUCAGAUAGAGGCCCUUGAUGAUGCCCUCAUAGCCUGGUACCGCGGGCUGCCAGCUCACCUGGCUUUUGAACCCUGGGCGAAGGACCCCUUGGAGCCCCCGGUAAAAGUUGCGCCAAACCGCAUCAUCAUUCUAACAACCUACCACUCGCUCAUUGUCCUCUUACACCGGCCGUUUAUCACAGCGCCCAGCAGCACAAGUAAUCACAAUUCUGUCGACACUAUCGGCACCCCUGCUUUCUCCUGGAAGCGGUGUACAACAGCAGCACGGCAUAUCACCAGCCUCGCCCUCAGCUAUCAAUCCAUAUACCCGUUGCGCAAGUCCAGCUACUUGCUCAGUUAUGCUGUGUACGUCGCGUGCACAGUCCACGUGCUCAACACUGCGUCGCUCUCAACCGGGAGCGACAGCAAUGCACACGCAGAAUCGUCCUUCCUACUCAGCGCAAGUCUGAAGUGCCUUGAUGCAUUGGCAGUCCCGAACUCAGGGGCUGCCGAUACGGCGCUUAUUAUUCGCAAGCUAAUGGCCGCCAAGGGCGUGCCGGAAUCACCACCCCCCUCGGAGGUCCAAGCAUCGAUGUCUCUCCGUAACCCCGACAAUGGUUGGCACCUUCCCGAUGACUCCCCGACGGAUGAUGAUAUUGGUCUGGUGCAACCCUUCCCGGAUAUUUUUAUUCCCGGACAGGACCUGUUGUUCGGAUUUAUGAACGAGAACAUGCCCCUUGCGGCAUUUGAUAUGAAUAAUACAAUUUUCUAA